AUGCCGGGGGAGCGGCGUCAACGAGGGCGAAAAGGGAUCGCGCGGCGGAUACGAGGGAUUGAGCCCCGAGUUCCACGGCUGUCGGGGGAGUGCGGCGCGUAUGAGGCCGCCAGAUCGGGCGAGGCCGAUACCCCCGAGGUCGUCACGACCGAAGCCAGCGCGGGCGACUCGCCCGUCUGCGAGGUGGCCGGCGGCGUCAACAGACUGCUCACGCUGGGAGUCGGGGGCGGAUGGGAGGUGGAUGGCGUCGGAUACUUGACCGAGGCGGCGGCGCUGCCCAAGAAAUUGGGGGCCGGCAGCUCAAAGCUGGGCAGCGACGGGGCGGCGGAUCGACGCGAGUUCAACGGCGGCGGCGGCGGGUUCAGGGCAUCCAGGGCCGACCCCAUGCCCGGCGGAGGAGGGGGAACCGCAAGGGCAGCCAGGUUGGCGACCGUCUCACGCGAAAAGCCGAGCGGCGGCGGAGGAAAGAGAUCAACGGCGUCGACGGACGACGGGUGGGCGGAAUGA